AUGCCGGUCCGGAUUUCUGGUGAAGAGACUGUGCGGGAGGCCGUGAAAGACUAUGCACUUUGCACCUUCACCUCCAACGAUGUUUUGUGUUGCAACCGGGUCGCGGCCAAGCGAGGUGAAGGGGGAUCGAUUUCGUCGCUAUGCCGCACCGCGACAUGCAGUGGGCGCUUCAACCGAUACGGCACGACGCCGGCAUUGCGGCUUGGCGACCUGGCUGGGUUUGCCUUGGGUGUGCUCGGGAUGUCCAGCUGGAUGACAUCCAUGUCCCCUCAAAUGCCGGAAAGGCAUGCGGAGGGUGCGGCAGCCGGCUUUGGUGGGAGUACGACCGGGCCACCAAGCGCUGGCACCUUCGCUGCUCCCACUGCUGCAACCGGCCGGCUCUGCCUGCGCUGCCACAAGCCACUGGCGUUGUCGUGCGGCCCGCCCUUGGGUGAUGUGUGGGAGAGCACCAACUCGUGGUUGCAUGUCCCACUUCUCCAGGCAGCUGCAGACCUCGCGGUCGCUGCGCUUGCGGAAUGGCAAGCCGACCCGCGCGCUGCCGACUGGGGAGAAGCCCGGCACCUGCUCAUGGUGUCCUAA